GAGUUUAUACUAUUGUAGCUAUUUCUGUUGUGGUGUUCGUUUCUGGUAAUCCCACCUGUCCAGGUUUCUGGUAAUCCCAUAUGUCCAGGUGUUAAACAAGUCAUCUCUUAACCUCUUAAAUCCUUUCUUUCCUUUACUCCCAAAGAUCAAAGCUCUGUCCGCAUCAGUUUCCCCUUUGCAACUCUGUCUUCUUUCUUCAUUAAUUUCCUCAUUUGCUUUCUGCGUUCAUUCAGUCUCCCAGAAGUUGUUCAGGUGUUAUAAUGUAGAGUUUCAAGCACUUCCACGAUCUCAAGUCUGAUUAAAUCUUAAAAUCACAGGUUCUUCUCUUUCGCUUUGCACUGGUUAUAGUGGAGCAAAUUUGGCUGCAUAUUCCAAACUAAAAGUAGUUAUCUUAUAUAACGUAAGGUACCGUUCCGUCGUCAUCAAAGACAAAUGUCAACAUCUGAUCAAAGACAAAUGUCAAUCUGCUACAGACCCAUAUCUGCUAUCAAGAACAAUCAAGAAGGAGAACCUAUACAAAUAAGAGUUCUUAAAAAAUGGACACCUGCUCAACAAAAUGCUGAAUUCUGCUACCUAUUCGUGGAUACACACGGUGAUGCUAUUCAAGCAACAGCAGCUAUGGGAGAAAAGGCUCGCCUAGACUCGAUCAUCCGCAUCCAAUCAUGCUACAUUGUUGACAAGUACAUUUCGCUAGACCAAAAGACCUACAACCCCGCAGUCCCACACAAGGCAUGUCUUAAGCUUGGAAAACGGGCAACCUUUGUUCCUGUUUUCAACGAUCAAAUUCCCGACCACUACUACAACUUCGCAACAUUUGACGAACUAAAAGAUAGGGCGACUCCACCGAAAAUGCUUACAGAUUACAUCGGUCGCGUCGAGGACACCGACAACCCGACAACAAGAGCAGGUACAAGGCUAAAGAAAGUAGUCAUUCAAGAUACAAGGGAAAACACAAUUGAAAUGACCUUUUGGCCUGACCAAUCCUCUACGCUACCUGAUCAUGUCAAGAAAGGAGACAUCCUAGCAAUAACCUCCGCAGCAGUCACAAAUUUCGAAGGAAAUUAUCAGCUAGAAUCAACCCCUGCAACAACAGUUACCGUCAACCCAACAACUGCAGACACUGCCAGCUAUAUAACAAGGUACUGUGUCAAUGCAAUCAUAACUGACGACAUUCAAGAUGCCAGUGUUGUUUUCUUUGAUGAGGCUAUGACAACCUUGCUCAACAUAACAUGCGAGGAAAUGAUCACAGUCCAUAAGUACCAUGACAAGCGAGAAAUACCUGACAAAAUGUACUCUGUCAUCAACACCCAGAAACUCAUGAAUGUGACAAUCAAACCUGACCGCACGAUUGCUGUGAAUAGCGUUGCAGAACCACCCAUCACCGCUCUACCACAACCUGCAACAACACCAACAACUGCUCUACCACCUACAACAACAUCAGCACCCAGCCUUCUACCCACAACACCGGCAGCGAAGAUCAACCCAGCCAAAAGGCCAUAUCAUCAACUCAAAGAUAAGAAAGCGUAGAAGACUGGAACUUUAGCCAUUUUGUAGACCAAUCAUAUUUUGUAUAUAGGCCUCCAUUUUGCAAACCAUGCUAAGAAUGUUGUCAGCAAGCAACAAACCACAGAAGGACGGCCAACAACAACAUCAACAAGACCAGCAACUUAUAAUUUAUAUUUUCUUAACUUAGUAGCUAAGAUAGUAACUAAACAAAAUGCUCUUUUUUGUAAUAACUUCAUGAUCUAUAAAAGGCUGGCCAGUAGUUGUUUUCAAGAU